AUGGUCAGGGACUCCGAUCGUUCGGUCGACCACGAUCGGAACAAUCGUAAACGCCCUGCGAACGAAGAACACCAGGAUGAUCUACCGCAGCCAUACAAUGCGAAGUCACUCCAACCAGCAAAGCGACGCGCCCUUUCGCCAUCCGACCAACCCCGAAAGUUGAAGCGCCCUGGAGCGCGUGCGCGUAUCUCAGAGGCGGAGCGCGAAGCAAUUCGACAGCGCCAGCUCGAUCGAGAACGCGAAGCUGCUGCUGAUGAAGCUGCCGAAGCCGAACAGGAGAGGAUUCGAAACAAUAGCGAUCUCGUCAGACAGCACUACAACAAUGUACCGGAGCGCGGUCGCGACUGGAGGACAAGGGAUAGCAAGAUCAAGGGACUUCGGGUUUUCAACAAUUGGAUCAAGAGCUGCAUCAUUCAGCGCUAUUCACCCGACGAAGAUCAUACACCAGGCUCGCGCGAGGCUGGGCGCUCUAGCGGGAAAGACUUGCUUGUGCUCGAUAUGGGAUGCGGAAAGGGCGGCGAUCUCAACAAGUGGCAGCAGGCUCCUCAGCCUAUUCAGCUUUACGUUGGCCUCGAUCCUGCUGACGUGAGUAUCGAGCAAGCCCGCGACCGCUACAGAACAUUGGGCAGCCGUGGUGGACGAGGAGGAAGAGGUGGACACCGACGACCGCCACCUCGAUUGUUCGAUGCUCGCUUUCAUGUUAAGGAUUGUUUUGGUGAUACCAUCGAGAACCUUGAGAUUAUCCAGCAAGUUGGAUUUGACCCUUCACCCAUGAACCGUCGAGGUUUCGACGUCGUCAGCAUGAUGUUCUCCAUGCACUACGCUUUCGAAUCCGAGAAGAAUGCGCGCAACAUGCUCCGCAAUGUGGCUGGAGCGCUCAAGAAGGGAGGUCGAUUCAUUGGCUGCAUUCCUAACUCUGAUGUUCUCGGCGAACGAGUCCGCAAAUUCAACGAAGAGGCAGCCGCCAAGCGCGCUGCUAAGCAGCAAGAGGAGAAGAACGGCGACGGCUCAACAACGCCACAACAAGUAGAGCCAGAGGACGGCGAGCUGGAGGAGGGUGAGGCUGAGCCGACCGCUGAAUGGGGGAACACCAUCUACCGCGUGCGCUUUCCUGAUAAGACACCAGACGACGGCGUGUUCCGUCCCGCCUUUGGAUGGAAAUAUAACUUCUUUCUAGACGAAGCUGUGGAGGAAGUUCCCGAGUACGUAGUACCUUGGGAAGCCUUUCGUGCGCUCGCCGAGGAUUACAACCUCGAGCUGCAGUUUCACCGCACCUUUCCCGAGAUCUGGGAGGCUGAGAAGGAUGACAGGGAGCUAGGUCCCUUGAGCGAGCGCAUGGGCGUACGUGAGCGUGGUGGUGGUCCCCUUCUCGUAUCCGACGAGGAGAUGGAAGCUGCUAGCUUUUACGUCGGUUUUUGUUUCUACAAGGUCUAA